GGGAAGUGGGAGUCUGGACCGAGAACUUCUCAUAAACACGUCUGCUUUUCUCCCGGUCAGCAGGCACCGGUGUUUCAGGCGGUACGGAGCUGACAGGCUGAAACCCAGCGGGUUGGAGUCCGGCGGGAUUUAAGAGGCAGACAGACAGUUAUGGGCUCCUUGUUUCGCAGCGAGGAGGUGUGCCUCGUGCAGCUCUUCCUUCAGUCCGGCUCGGCCUACAAUUGUGUCAGCGAGCUGGGAGAACUGGGCCUGGUGGAAUUCAGGGACUUAAACCCCAACGUGAACGCCUUUCAGAGGAAGUUUGUUGGCGAGGUUAGACGAUGUGAGGAACUUGAGAAGACUUUUACCCUCCUGGAGCAGGAGAUCAAUCGCUCCCUGUCUCCACCCUUGCAGUGUCCCCUCCCUCCUCCAUGCCCAAUACCUUUGGCCCCUCAGCCCCGAGAGCUCAUCACCAUAGAGGAGGAAUGUGAGAGGCUGGCCAGAGAGCUCAAAGAGGUUUCCAGGAACAGAGACAGCCUCCGGGCUCAGAUGACCCAGCUCUGUCAGUACAGAGGAGUCCUGACCAGGACGCACUCUCUCACAGCAUCACAGGCACCUCCACCUAUGCUGGAAAGUCAAGGCUUGUUCGAUCACCACCAAGAUGUCCGCCUCAGUUUUGUGGCAGGAGUGGUCCAUCCUUGGAAGGUCCCCUCAUUUGAGCGGUUGUUAUGGCGAGCGUGUCGCGGUUAUAUCAUCGUGGAUUUCAGAGAAAUGGAGGAUCGUCUGGAGCACCCGGAGACGGGGGAAAUGGUGCAGUGGACGGUGUUCCUCAUCUCCUAUUGGGGAGAUCAGAUCGGACAGAAAGUGAAGAAGAUAUGUGACUGUUUCCACACACAGACGUUUGCAUACCCUGAGAGCACCACUGAGAGAGAGGAGAUUCUCCAGGGACUUCAAGGCAGGAUCGAAGACAUCAAAUCAGUGUUGUCACAGACCGAGGCCUUCCUGCAGCAGCUGCUGAUGCGGGCGGUGGCUGUGUUGCCCCAGUGGAAGGUGCGCGUGCAGAAGUGUAAGGCGGUCCAGUUGGUGCUGAAUCUCUGCAGCCCCUCUGUCACAGACAAAUGCCUGAUCGCUGAGGCCUGGUGUCCCACUGCCAAGCUGCCUGAGCUGCAGAGCGCUCUGAGAGAGGGAGGGAGGAAGAGUGGCAGUACAGUUGACUCCUUCUACAACCGCCUGCCCUCCACCACCUCUCCACCCACCCUGUUUCCCCUCAACUCUUUCACGGCUGGUUUCCAGAACAUCGUUGAUGCCUAUGGGGUGGCAAGCUACCGUGAAGUCAAUCCAGCGGUGUACACCAUAAUUACAUUCCCCUUCCUGUUUGCUGUGAUGUUUGGGGAUGUGGGUCAUGGUCUACUGAUGACUCUGGCUGCCCUCUGGAUGGUCAUUGAGGAGAAGGACCCCAAACUCAAGAACAGCAACAAUGAGAUCUGGAGGAUGAUGUUUGGAGGAAGGUAUCUGAUUCUGCUGAUGGGACUGUUCUCUGUAUACACGGGGGCCAUUUACAACGAAUGCUUCAGCAGAGGCCUCAGUCCCUUCAGCUCAGCAUGGCACGUCGGCCCCAUGUUCGAAAACAACUACUGGAAUUCAUCAGUCCUGGCAACGAACCAGUAUUUGACAAUGAAUCCUAGUGUGGCUGGUGUCUUCACCAGCCCCUAUCCAUUUGGCAUUGACCCGGUGUGGGGGCUGGCCAACAACAAACUCACCUUCCUUAACUCUUACAAGAUGAAGAUGUCAGUCAUCAUCGGUGUCAUUCACAUGACUUUUGGAGUCUGCUUGUCAUUCUUCAACUACUGGCACUUUGGCCAAAUAAGCAAUGUGUUCUUUGUGCUGAUCCCCGAGCUCUUCUUCAUGCUCUGUCUUUUUGGCUACCUGUUGUUCAUGGUGAUCUUCAAGUGGAUCGUCUACACUGCUGCAGAGUCCGAUGUCGCUCCCAGUAUACUUAUCCACUUCAUAGACAUGUUCCUCUUCACAGACAACCCUGACAACCCAAAGCUCUAUGAAGGACAGAUUGUGGUGCAGAAGAUCCUGGUGGUGCUGGCCCUGUGUUCUGUCCCGGUCCUCCUGCUAGGGAAACCCACAUAUGAAUACAUGACAUUCAAGAAAAGACGACGUCAAGUGGAGGAAGACAGACGCCCGCUGGUGGCCGAUGACGGCUCCAUCAACACUCGUCAGGGGGAGGUGGAGGGAGUAGCUGCUGAAGAGGAGGAGUUUGAUGCUGCCGACGUGUUCAUGCAUCAGGCCAUCCACACCAUAGAGUACUGCUUGGGCUGCAUCUCCAACACCGCCUCAUACCUCCGACUCUGGGCUCUCAGUUUGGCGCACGCACAGCUCUCAGAGGUGUUGUGGGUGAUGGUGAUGCGUCUCGCCCUGAAGUGGGAGGGCUAUGUGGGAGCUGUAGUCCUCUUUGUGAUUUUUGCCUUCUUUGCUAUAUUGACUGUCUCCAUCCUGCUGGUUAUGGAGGGACUCUCAGCUUUCCUGCAUGCGCUACGUCUGCACUGGGUGGAGUUUCAGAACAAGUUCUACAGCGGAUCAGGCUACAAGCUCAGCCCUUUCUCUUUCUCAACUAUAAUCAAUUUAUCAGCUGCUCUGUGAACGGCCAAACAUUUACUUAGGAUUGUCACACAGUUUUGUUAACUUAUGAAUCCUCUUAAGUACUUGGACUGCAACUACAAACAUCAGAAUGACUUCAUCUCUCCGUCUUAACAAUGGUACUCUUUUGCCUGCAGGCUAUGAAACGGUUUAAUUGACUUGCACAAUGAUCACGAUGGUAAAGACUGUUAUUUUUGCAGCGAUAGAAUGAUUCCCAAAAUAAUGAAUUACAAUUGCAUUAUAUGAAAUGAAAAAAUCUAAUUUUGUAUCCCCUUACUAAUUGUUUUCACUGUCAGUGUUAUGUACUGUUUACUAAUUACUCUGUCGGUCACUAAAAACAUAGUAAUCAUGUACUUUUCACUGUAUGAACGUGUGUUGUAGACAUCAGUUAUGAAAAGGGAAAACACACCGGUGAAUGAAUCUGUUCUGCAGUUUAAGGGAACGUAUGAUUGUUGAACUGUUGGAUUGUGCUUUGAUAAGCCAGCCCUGUAGGAUUCUCCAAAUGAUAGCAGGGAAUUAUCUUAAUGAUUUUCAUGAGCCAAAGAUUCUUUUUCCUCAUUGUCAUGUCUUCCGUAUGCGCACACACACAUACACAAAACAGGUACUUAUUGGUAGUAAAAGUUUUUCAUGUGCCUUACAGGGGCUGUGGCUUGUUUAUCCAUUAAGUCUUUUGGACGGAUCAUAACUUUCAUCAUCAUGCCACCAUUCUGAACAAGACUCUGGCCGGACAUUUCUCUUUUUUCCUGCUGGUUUGCACUGUAAAAUGGAUCAAAUUUGAACUGAAAUUAAAUAUGAUUCUCUUGUUUAA